GCACCGCGGCCGUGUCCUGUGUCCACGUCAAACCUGACAGCCGUCGAGCCGAGCUGAUAAACAUGGCUGCAGUUGAGGUGGCACUUUCUGGUCGCUGUGUUGUUUACAGACCGGCUAAAAACUGCUGAAAAUCCCCGUCGCUCUCUCCGUAGACGACACAAAGCUCAACGUAAGACCGUAAUCUAAAGUGUUAGCUAGAUAUAAUAUAUUUAUAUAUGUAGCGUCGCUUAGCUUAGCUUAGCUUAGCUUAGUCUUCACAGAUUCCUUCAGGCGAUCAGCUGUUAGCAGCCUCUUCGCUAACUGAGCGUCUGUCAGACUGGAAAGCGACUUCGUUUCCAUUAAAGUGGGUUUGAAGUGAAUACCGAGGCCGUGUAGAGCUUACAGUUCAGCUUGAUGACCAAGUUGACUGUAUCACCUCUGGAGUUUAAGCUAGGCUAACCCCCCCCCAGCACUGUUCGGCCCUGCUUUGUUUUGGUUCGUGUUGGAGCCGGCAGGAUGUCAUCGUGGCUGGGUGGAAUCGGCUCCGGCCUCGGUCAGUCUCUGGGCCAGGUCGGUGGGAGCCUGUCCUCCUUCACCGGGCAGAUAUCAAACUUUACCAAAGACAUGCUCCUGGAGGGGGUGGAAGAAGUAGGAGACGCUGCCACAGAACUGCCACAUGUCCAAUUCCAAGUUGGCCGACACCGAGGCUGCGUUUACCUCUCAGAGAUCGAGCAUGACAGAUUAAGGAAGCUUCAUGCGGAGCUCGAGGAGAAACUGGAAGCAUCAGAGCUCCAGAUUAAAAGACAGUCUGCGGAGAACAGAACCCUUCUGCAACAGAGAGACGUGGAGAUCAGUCACCUGAAGGCUCGGCAGAGUGGCCUCCAGGAAGACUUCCAGACGCUGCAGCAGUCGGCCUCCGUCGGCCCCGCCAUGCUGCCUGUCACCACUUCUUCCUCCACCACGACUUCCUCUUCUGCUUCCUCUUUCCUGCCGCGGCCCUCAGGGGCCCACCAGGGCUUCCACGGCGAUGAGAUGGACUUCAGCGACGUCCUCUGGUCGCAGCAGGAGAUCAACCGGCUGUCCACAGAAGUCAUGCGUCUGGAGGCCGAGGCGGCUCACUGGAGGAGAAUGUCUCAGGCUUCAACAUCAGCAGGCGCCGGUAACAGCGACCAGGGAGAGAUUCUCAAACUGCAAAGAACUAUUAAGGAGCUGCGAGAGGAGAUGAGCCGGGAGGUGGACGAACACCAGCAUGAACUGGCGGCUCUGCAGGACGUCCAGCGGCAGAAGAUGGCCGACAUCACGCGGCGACACAGAGACGACUUAGCGGAGUACGAGGAGAGGAUCGAGGAGCUGGAGGAGCAGAUGCAGAGUGGUGGUCAAGCUCCAUCAGAUGCCUCCAAACUGCCGGAGCUCCAGAGCACCGUGAGCUCGCUGCAGGAAGCGGCGGAUCAGCGGGAGAAGCAGCUGGCCGAGCUGUCUGCCAGUCUGCAGGAGGCACGCACGGAACAAGCGUCGCUGCAGCUGGAGAAGGAUGAGGCUCAGGAAGAAAACACGGAGCUGCUGCAGAACUACACGCGGCUGCAGGACUCCGUCAGCGAGCUCCAGACUCGAGUGCAAGAGCAGGAGGGGAAGUCUCUGCAGAAAGCUCAGCUGGACCACGAGAUCCAAGAGUUGAGAAGAAACCUUGCAGCUGCAGAAGAAGAAAUGGAGGGACUGAGAAGCCGGGCCGAGGCAGAACCAAAGGAAGAGGUUGAGCACGCAGACAUCUUAGAACUGAACACCAUCAUUGGGACGUUGAGACAAGAAAAGGAAAUCCUAGAAGAAGACAAGUUUAAUCUGCAAGAAAGACUAAAAACAUCAGAGGAACAAAUAGUUGGCAAUAAUGAAGCGGAGUCUGGUGAGCGGGAGUCUGUGGAGGAUCUGAAGGCGGCGCUGGAGCGGAGAGAAAAGACCCUGAGACACACUGAGGAGGAGCGGGACACCCUGAUGUCUGAGCUGGAGGAACUGGACCGGCAGAACCAGGAAGCAACACAGCACAUGAUCUUGGUGAAGGAGCAGCUCUCUGAACAGCUGAAGGAGGCCGAGGCAGAAGUGACGGGAUUGAGUGCAGCGCUGAACACAACCAAAGACCAGAAGAGGAUCCUGGAGCAAGAGCUGGACACUCAAAUAGAGAAAACGAGCCAGAGCGCCUUCACCCUCAACGACCUGCAUAUGGGCAAACAGGAGCUGGAACGCACAGUGAAGGAGCUGAAAGACAAACUGGGACAUGCACAGGAGCAAAGCAGGGAGGCACGAAGAGAGACCACAGAGCUGAAGAAGACUUUCCACGAGCGAGAGGAGCAAGUUGCCAAAGCAAGGCUGGAUCAGGCGGGGGAGAGAGGAAGUGAGGCUCAGGGAAGCAAAGAGAAGCGAGCAGGGACGGAGAGGGAGCUGUCAGACCUCAGGAGAGAAGUGGACGAGAUGAGGAGCUCUCAGGAGAAGGCGAUGUCUGAGGACUAUGAGUUGAAGAUGGAGAACAGGAGGUUGACGGUGGAGAGUGAGCGGGCUCUGGGUAAAGCUGAGGAACUCACCAAGCAGAAGAAGGAGGAGAGCCAGGCAGCUCUGAACAGGACCGUACUGGAAAAGGACACUCGUAUCGAAGCUCUGAAGCUGGAGAAAAGUCAACUCGAGGAAGAAUUGGGGCAGACUGAGAGGACGCUGACAGAACAGACGAAGCAGUACCAGCAGACCAUCGAGGAGCUGACUCGAGCACGCUCCAUGGAUGCCUCCGCUUUACAGAUGGAGCACGAGCGAGCCGUCAAACUCAACCAGGAGAAAGACCUGGAGAUAGGUCAGCUGAAGAGAGACGUGGAGCAGCUGGCGUCCAACCACAGAGACACCAACGAGAUGCUGUCCAUCACAGUGGCGGGGCAGAAGCAGCUGACGGAUCUGCUGCAGGAGAAGGAUGUCUUCAUGGACACUAUAAAACAAAACGCCUCAGAUGUGCAGAAGGAGAUGGAGAACAGUAUUUCAGUUGUGACGAAGGAAGCGGAUGCUCUGAAACACGCUCUGGAAGAGAAGGACAAACAGUUGGGAGGUAUGAAGGAGGAGAACAGUCAUUUGAAAGAAGAGAUCGAUCGAUUCCGGGAUCAGCAGACCAGACCUCCUGCUCUGGCUGAGCCCCGGACUUUAGACAUCAUCACUGAGCUGGAGACGGAGAUCACGCAGCUCAAGUUGUCCAGAAAUAUCCUGCAAGAGGAAGUCCAGACUCUGAGGAGAACCAUGGAGGAGCUGCAGGCCUCCCUCCUUCUGUCGCAGCAGUCCCUGCAGGCUCAGCAGACUGAGCUGGAGCAGGCUCAUGCUCGCCAUCAGCAGACCACACUCAACUAUGACAGACUCAUCCGGGCCAGAGAUGAAGAGAUAUCCUGCCUCCAGGAUCAGCUCAGCGAGAGUCGAGUGCGUGCCGACUCCCCGUCUGUGCAGGGAGAGGUCAUCCUGCAGGAGGAGAAGACCCAGACUCUGAAUCAGGACAACGGCAACGAGAAACACGACCUGUCGAAGGUAGAAAUAGAAAAGCUGGUGCGAGGCAUCAAGGAGAAAGAGACUGAGAUCAGCCAGCUGAGCGAGAAGAACCUCUCGCUGACCCUGCAGCUGGAUCAGCUGGUGGUGUUCCGUGAUGAAGUGGGCAAACUGUCCCAGAUGGUCCUGCAGAAGGAUCUGGAGAUCCAGGCGCUCCAUGCCAGAGUAUCCAUGGUCGGAGGUGGUGGACACAGCCAGGACGUCAUGUUCCUCCAGCAGCAGCUGCAGGCGUACGCCGUGGAGAGAGAGCAGGUGCUCGCCGUGCUCAACGAGAAGGCCAGGGAGAACAGCCAGCUUCGCUCCGACUAUCACCGUCUCAUGGACAUCAUGGCGGGGAAGGAGGCGGCCCUGUCGAAGCUUCAGCAGGAGAACCAGCGUCUCUCCAACAUGAGCGAUCCCUCAGGGAGCCAAGAGAUGUUCAAGGAGACCAUCCAGAACCUGUCCCGCAUCAUCAGGGAGAAGGACAUAGAGAUCGAUGCGUUGACGCAGAAGUGCCAGACCCUGGUGACCGUGCUGCAGUCCGAGGGGGGGCAGUCUGGCGCCGGCUCGGGAGGCGUCAGCAGCAACCAGUUUGAGGAGCUGCUGCAGGAGAGGGACACGCUGAAACAGCAGGUGAAGAAGAUGGAGGAGUGGAAGCAGCAGGUCAUCACCACAGUCAAGAACAUGCAGCACGAGUCAGCUCAGCUGCAGGAGGAGCUUUUCAAACUUCAGGGUCAGGUCUCCGCCGACAGCGACUGCAGCUCCAAGCUGUCGGUGGACUACGCCGGACUUAUCCAGAGCUACGAGCACAAGGAGAGGAGGCUGGGGAGUCUCAGUCAGGAACUCGCUCAGGUCCAGCAGACCAUCACGCAGCUCAGCAGCACUAAGGAUGUCCUGCUGGGUAAACUGGUCGGCGUAGCUCCGACCCCUGAAGUCGUAGCUGCUCAGUCGAGCGGAUCUUCUCUGGCGGCUGAUCCUCCGAGCCAUCAGACGUCUCUAAACAAGGAGAAGCUGCAGGAAGAAAUCGUCCGAUUGCGAAUUCAGUUGGCCGAGAGGGAAAACGUCAUCCGGACUCUUCAGGAGAACAACCACCGGCUCUCCAACUCAGCGUCUGCCACAGAGAGCGAGCAGAGAAGUCAGGCCGAUGACGUGCGGCUGGUCAGAGAAAGACUGGAGGCCCUGCAGAGGUCCGUGAGGGAGAAAGACCUGCUCAUCAAAAGCAAAGGCGACCAGCUGAGUCACGUCAGCGACUCACUGCGUAACCGCGAGAACGACAACGAGGUGCUGAAGCAGGCCGUGACCAACCUGAAGGAGCGCGCUCUUAUUCUAGAAAUGGACGGGAGGACGCUGAGGGAGGAGAACGAGCUGGUCGUCUCACGCUCUCGAGAGAAAGAGUCGGAGUUCAGAGCGCUGCAGGAAACCAACAUGCAGGUUUCACUCCUGCUGAGAGAGAAGGAGUUUGAGCUGAGCGCAGUGAGCGAGAAGUCUGCAACUGUGGAGAGGAUGCUCAAGGACAAGGAGCAGGGUAAGUCUGGUGAACUGAAUCAACUCCUGAACGAACUGAAGUCCAUGCAGGAGAAAGCGGUGGCGUUCCAGCAGGAGAGGGAUCAGGUGAUGAUGGCACUCAAGCAAAAGCAGAUGGAGACCACCGCAGUGCAAACCGAGCUUCAGCACAUGAGGGACAAAGAGCAGCGUCUGAAGCUGGAGCUGGAACGGUUGCGUAACCACCUCCUGGAGAUCGAGGACUCGUACACGAGAGAAGCCGUCGCCGCAGAGGACCGCGAGACGGAACUACGCAGGAGAGUGACGCUGCUGGACGAGAGACUGGCCACGUCCUCCAGCGCCGUGGAGAACGCCAGCCAACAGGCCAGCAUGCAGGUGGAGUCUCUGCAGGAGCAGCUGAGCGGUGCAGUGAAUCAGAGGGACGACGCACUCAUCCACCUCAGAACCUCGCAGGAGCAAGUCAACCAGUACGCAGUGUCGCUCUCCAACCUGCAGAUGGUGCUGGAGCAGUUUCAACAAGAGGAGAAAGCCAUGUACUCGUCAGAGCUGGAGCGGCUGAAGAAGGAGAAGGACGAGUGGAAGAGAAAAGCUGUGAGGCUGGAGGACCAAGCGUCCGCCCUGCAGAUUAACCUCGACGAGGCCACCGCUGCCCUGGAGUCGGCGUCUCGCCUCACAGAUCAGCUCGAUCUGAAGGACGAGCAAAUGGAAGAGCUGAACAAACAAGUGGAAGUGAGACAGGAGAUGUUGGACGAGGUGCAACAGAAGCUGAUGAGUCUCCUGAACAGCACAGAGGGGAAGAUAGACAAAGUCCUGAUGCGGAACCUGUUCCUGGGAUACUUCCACACACCCAAAACCAAGCGUGCCGACGUGCUGAGGCUCAUGGGAAGUGUUCUGGGUCUGAGCAGAGAAGACGUUGACAAGAUGUUGGAGGACGACGGACGUCACGGUGUUACUGGAUGGGUGUCCAACUGGCUCGGAGGCCGAGGAGCACAAAGUGUCCCGAACACUCCCCAGAGACCCACCAGUGGCCAAGGGCUCAACUCAUCGUUCUCAGAGAUGUUCGUAAAGUUCCUGGAGAUAGAGUCGACUCCUUCGCUGCCCGCACCAAUGCUUCCAUACCAUGACAUCAAGCCUCUGAGCGCCGCGCCGCCGAGGAGAAGCAACACUUCUGCUUCCAGCAUCGGUGCAGGAGGCACGGCGUUCGGCAAGCGUGUCGGCGAGUCCAACCCUUUCCUGGCCCCUCGCUCGGCUGCCGUGCCGCUGCUGGCUGGUUCCAGCUCUGGCGGCUCAGGAGGUCACCUGCUCAUGAAGCCCAUCUCUGCCGCCCUGCCCACCUUCACACCUGUGCCGGUGUCAGUGGAGGCCAGCGCUGGAGCUGUGCUCAAAGACUUGUUGAAGCAGUGACGGACGUCUUAACUCCCCCAACAGGAGGCUCACACUACGCAGGCUGAGACGCUGAGCAGCUCUGCUACUUAUUGCUGCUCUUCUUUUUUAUUUCAUGCAAAAGUAAAUGAUCUUAAAGGCUUAAUAUUCCCUUUUUUUGGGAGGGGACUGAAACUACGCUUAGUUUUUUAAGAUUGAGUUUUACUUGCAACUGUUCUAUGCAACAGAGUCUCCCUUUACGCAUCAGUGUCACUGUCACCUGUUUGUUUUCAGAUCAGAAGCACCCUCAGUGUCAUAGUGACAGUCUUACAUCUACAUUGUUCUUCAUUGCAACUCUUCUGAACACAAGUGACCUUAAACCCACUGUGUGCAGCUCGACCCCCGCGAGGAAACAUCUCAUGUCCUUUCACUCGGACAACUUUUAUUUUCUUGUCUUGAAUCUUUUAUUUUUUCAACAGUGACUUGUUUCUGAUCCAAGACUUUCCUAAAACCUCUGGCAGCAGAAGCCUGCUGUGAGAGUUCUGUGGUUCAGUACAUCUGUUAGAACCAUCUUGUCUGUUCCAGACGGCCAGACUGUGAUCUGCAGCGAGCGUUGUGAUUCUGGCUGUCGCUGCGGACUGCUCAUAUGUUAAAGUACUAUACUAUUAUAUAGUUCUAUGUAAAUGGGUGGUGUUUUUUUCCUAUUUAUAGGCACUAAGGAAGUGUUGGAAGUUAAGUGCCUGCCUUUUUGCUAAUUAGAUGGUUGUAUAAUCAGGAUUGUAAAUGGUUAAUAUAAAUAUAUAUAUUUACAAAAUGUAAAAAAUGCACAUUUAAAAAGUUUUACCUGACCAGAGCUGGCCAGCGCUGCUCCACAUUUUUGUAUAGACAUCAAUCAGCCGCUGCAGAGGGAACGUUACAGGGCUUCUCCAGGUGUUUGAUGAAAUGUACAAACUGUAAAUCCUCGUAUGAAUUUUGUAGAUGUGAAAUCUGAAACUCAGAAGUGUCAAAAAUUGGAUUACCUUGAACUUGGAUGAUCUGUAAGCGGAGUUAGUACCAGUGAUUUAAUUGGAAUUUCAAAUCAAAUAAAGGUGCUGCUGACCAGAUUCA